AUGAAUGGCGGAAGGCGGGACCGCAGUAACAGCAUCGUUAUAAGCGGCGGUAUCGUUAGAAUCGAUAUUGUUAUAAGUGGAGAUUACUGUACAUGUAUUAUCAUUUUACAUUCAGGACCAGACACCCUAAAAAAUGUGGAUAUGUCACCAUGCCCAUCACUGCCGUGUGUUUUUCAUAAAGGUACCAACGCUACCGUAACCAUAGACUUUACAACAGAGAAACAAGUGUUUGGAAUCACUACUAAAGUUUACGGUAUAGUAGCGGGCAUCCCUAUACCGUAUAAUCUACCAAAGUCUAACGGUUGUCAGGGUUGUAAUCUCAUCUGUCCGCUGACACCAGGAACACACAGAUAUGUCAAUGUAUUCCCUGUAUUGAAAACAUACCCAGAGAUUCGACUUGCAGUAAAAUGGGAGUUGGUGGAUGAAAACAAUGAGCCACUUUUAUGUUUCGUCUUCCCAAUGCAAAUAUUGGACUGAAAAAGCAUCAGCACUGGUCCUUUUUUCAUAACUUUCACUUUAAACUGCAACUGAUCAACACUAUGGUUUUGAAAUUAUAUCUUUUGUAGUAAAUAUUUGCAAUUUCCUUCUUGUGGAAAAUCUGAAAAUGUUAAUCAAUAUGUAAAGCUAAUAUUGGUAUACUUAAAAAAAUCAUAAAUGUCUCUUUUUUAUUUGUACAACAAAUGAGCCGCGUCAUGACAAAACCAACAUAGUGCGUUUGCGACCAGCAUGGAUCCAGACCAGCCUGCGCAUCCGCGCAGUCUGAUCGGGAUCCACGCUGUCCGCUUACCAACCCUAUUACAAGUAGAGAAACUGAUAGCGAACAGCAUGGAUCCUGAUCAGACUGCGCAGGCUGGUCUAGAUCCAUGCUGGUCGCAAACACAUUAUGUUGGUUUUGUCAUGGCACGGCUCAAUUUCAGUUGUAAGGCUUACAUUAAUGAUGUGUUUGUCUUUAAUCACACUUAUCCUACUGAAUGAGGUUGAUUAAGUGUAAUAUAAGCACAACUUUCUUUUGGUAAAGUCAGACUAGUUGUACUGUUACAAGUUUUUUAAUCUUAUUUUUUAGUGAAUUUGUUCAGGAUUUCUUCGUCUAUUUUGGUUGAAGAGUCUUCAGAUAAAUUUACAUACUAAGUAUGUUCAAAAACAAAUGAAUACAAUUAGCAUUUAAGAUUUCAUAUACAUUUUAUUGUACUGUGUGGAAGACAUAUAUAAAUACAUGUUGCAAUUAAUCAGUAUUUUGACAAUAUAUUAAAACAUAAAAUGUUUGUAUUAUAUUAAUUUACUGAAUUUAUUCUAACAUUUAAAACAAUAUAGUUUUCAAAAUGAUACCUGUAUACUGUUUGUCAGUUAAGGUAUACAACUUAUAUAUAUACAAAUUUCAUAAAUAUCUCAUUGAAUGACAUGCACUGAUUGUAUGAAUAAAAUAUUAUAAAAGUUUAUCAAUUUUGUCAGUUACUGCCCCUGUUUUAGUGUUAAAUAGACUACUGCCCCGACCAUGUUACCCCUCUGCCUCAACAACAAAA